AUGAAUGGGUUGAACCUUUAAGUAGAAAUUGUAAAAUAAUGUAUCAAUAUAUUCUCAUCCUUUAGAGGAGGAGGAACCUAUGAUCACAACUAAUUAAAAUAAGGUGAAUGGACUGAAUUAAGCAAACAUUUUAAAGAAGAUUUCUAAGUUGUUUUGACAGGGUCCUAUAAAAAUGGAAUAAAACAUGGACUAUGGAAUGUAUUAUUUAGAAGGAACGAAAAAACAAGAUUUAAUAAAAUGUACGAUGCGAUUCAUUAAAACAUUUAGUUGCGAAGGAAAUUAUACCUAAGAAGGGAUAAAAUUUGGAUAAUGGACUGA